AUGCCUAAAUUAGUUAUGGCUUCGUUGAUGGACCAGCAGUUUAUCGCGGGUAUCGGCAGUCUGGCGCUGGCUUUCCACCUACAUGCGACAUGCGGAGGUCAUUGGUGCGGAGUGUCGCAGGCACUCGGGAAAGGGACGACAUCCGAUCAGCCACCGCUCAGUGAGAGUGAGAUCUCACGUCUGGAGGAAGACCUUGUGCAGGUGCGAAUACAGAUGUUCAAGAAGCUAUCGCGAGUGUUGGUCCAUUGUGCCUUUUGCACCGUGCUGGUGUUCAUUGUGGAGUUUGCGUCGGAGCCGAACACUUAUUCGGCAACUUUGCUGGCUCUUGCCGUUUUGACUUAUGUGAUCUACCAUUUGGUGAAUACGGGUCGCGUGGACGUCACUGACCGGCUGCUUAGGCCGCUAUGCCCUGUCCUCAACGGUAUUAUCAUGACAGCUCUUGUGACCAGUGCCUAUGUGAGUCGGACCGAACGGGACUACAUCGCACGCUUCGGGCUCUGCUCGGGCGGUCAGAUCCUUCUGGGCGUCGUCUUCGGCCCUCGGAGGUCCAUAGCCAUCUCGAUUUGCUACGCUAUUUCUUUCUCCUGGAGCAUGGCCGUCACCCACGGCCGGACUGCAAUAUCUCCCUUGUUCCUUCUUCAACAGGCCUUCCAAGCUGCAAUCGGAAUCAUGGUGCCUGGCUUCGUUGAGUCCGCUCUGCGUGAGCGCAUCGUCGCUUCCAUCCGAUCUGAAGAUGCCGAUUCACUGAUCUUUGGCUUCCGGCAGAUGUUGAAGGGCAUUUGCGAUGGAGAGCUGCUUCUUGACAGUGAGCUCAAAGUUUUCGGCAACACCGCGUGCCUGCAGCGGUUGCUUGCCACCAAGAAGGAUUUCCGUGGAUGUCCGCUGAAGGAACUCAUAGACGGAGCCGAUGAUGUGGAGAACUUCGAGAAGUUCGUUGCCGCCUCCCUUGAAGAGCCGGGUACGGAGAGGUGCGAGAGCGAAAAGAGCGCUCCGCGGUGUCUGCGGGUGCCGCUGAGGUCCCCGUCGGGCCGGAUCGUGAAAGUAGACGUGUGCCAUGUGCUGCUGCCACAGCUCUAUGGCAGAAAGGAGUUACAUCAUCUGCUAUCGCUGACGGAAGAUACUGAAUCUCGCCAGCCAGAGGCAAUGGCGCUGAAGCAGGCCGAAGCACAGCUGGAGCUCUUCCGCAAAGUCAGGGGCGCCUACUCGGCAAGCCAGUCUGCUGGCUCCGUGUCCAGCUGCGAGACAUUUAUUGAGAGUUGCGAAGAGCUCGCUGAGAUGACCUUGGUAUUAAAUGGGAGCACCGAGCUCAUCGACAUUGAGGAAGCCCAUUUCCGGUUCCACCGAGAAAGCAGUGCGCAGAAGUUAGGGCUCGGCAUGCCGACUCUGAAGCGCUUCGCACGGCCGCUGGACUGGCAGGGCUUCUCAUCCUUCCUGCGCCGCUACGCCCGGCAGGUGGCCAAGGGGAAGUUACCCACAGAGCAGAGCAUGAAUGGCAUCACGUUGCGUUUGCCAAGUGACUCCAAGAAGCAUAUCAUCGCCCGGCAGGGCACCCUCAGUUCGCCCUUCGCGCGGAAUGCGCCAUCGGAUCCUGUUCAUCUCAUCCUGCAGCUGACGGACUUCCGAGGGGAGCGGCCGCAGGAAGUACCUUCACGGCUCGAAGGUGUCGACGAGCUGCAGUCCCCACGGUCGCAUCGAAGUCGCCAAUCACAGGAACGACAUCUGCGGUUUGCCGACGAUGAGGUCCAGUCUCCGCAGUCGUUAAGAACAGGUGAGACUGGCCCAGGGCAUGCACGGGCGUCCAGCGAGAGUUUGGGGGCCUUGUCUGAUCAGGACUUCUCUCCUACUUGA